AUGAAAGAUCUUGGAAGACUGAAUUAUUUUCUUGGUCUUGAGGUAUAUUAUGGGAAGAGUGGUAUCUCUCUUUCACAGGUCAAGUAUGCCUCUGAUUUGAUAUCUAGGACCUUGCUCACUGAUGAAGCUGUUAAAAACACUCCCAUUGGACCUAAUGCUCAUUUUGUUCCUACUGAUGGGACUGUGUUAGAGAACCCAACACGUUACCAGCAAUUAAUUGGAGGACUCAUCUAUCUUACUAUGACUUGUCCAGACAUUACCUAUGCAAUUCACAUUAUUAGUCAAUUCACGUCUGAGCCCCAAACCACUCAUUAUGCAGCCGUUCUCUGGAUUCUUCAAUAUGUUAAAGGAACCUUGUAUCAUGGCCUUUAUUUCUUUGCAAGGUCUUCUCUCAUUUUACAGGCUUACACUGAUGCUAAUUGGGGAGGUGACCAUGCCGAUCAUUGA